GCCCCCACUUUUGUAUUUUUUAUUAUGGCUUGUAGUCGCGCAAUUAUUUGAAGAUAUUUUUUUAAAUUGUUUGUAGAGGAAAAUUUAAAAUGGCAUUUCGACAAACGUGGAGAUUGUUGGCAAAAAAAUUUGUUCCAGCUAUGUCUGCAGGAAUACUACUGGCACGUUGUGAUGAUAAAAAAAAAUUCGAAAAUGAAAGUAUAGUUAAAGUUAAAGUACCUAAUUUAGAUAAAUUGUCGUAUGAUUACAUGAUAAAACAAUCGGCGGUUGAUGCUGUCAAUAGUGCAUCGCAAUCUUUGACAAUUGCUUACACUGCAAUUGAAAGUACAAGCCGGGAAUACAGAUUAUUGUUAUCACAAUUAAUGAGUCUUAUGGAAGAUACUCUCAUUUAUCAAGUAACUGAUGAACAUGAAGAUUUAAUAAUUGCCGCCCGAUCAGAAGUUGAAACCAAGAAAAAAAUUUUAACAGAUUUAAUAAUAUACAUGGAGUAUGUCCAAAGAAUGGUUGAAGCGGUGUCAGUUGUCAGUAAUUCAGCAGGAAUGGAUAAUUUGGCAAUGACUCUUUGCCAAAGAAUGGACGAUGCUCUCAAAAACAAAGAUCGCGAACUAGGUGACAAUCAGUUAUUAGAAAAAGCGUACUAUAGAUUACAAGAAAAAUGUAUCAAAGAAAGCUGAGAUUGUUGAACGUUUUCUUUUGGUCAGACAAAACUGAUGUCAUGUACCAACACAUCUAGACUAGACAAUAUAAUAUUUAUUGUU